UUUGCUUUCAGAAAAAUGACAACUGACUGCUCUCUCAACCAAUCAAUUUUGGCAAUGCGUCAGAGUCUGGUGUUACAAAACAUAUAAAACAAUUUACGUGGACCACGGAGUCAUCAAAGUUUGCCACUUGAAUUGAAAGAUAUUAGCUUUGAACCAUGAUGUGUUUUUUCUCGACAUUUUUGUUGACUUGUAUUUUAUAUUUCGCAGAGAGCAGUCAUUUUCGUGGCGGCAUCAUAUCAUGGAAGCCGACAGACAAUCAUCAGAUUGAGAUUAACUAUAGAGUUGCCUUCCGUGCAAGUUCUGGACACGCUUGCGAUGCAAACACAAUAGAAAACGGAACAUUAUUACCUGGUGAAGGCUCUUUACAGUGCGUAGAAGGAUGCAAUGACACAAUAACCACUAUGUCUUAUUACUGCACUGAUUUUAGUGCCACUGAAGAUUGGACAUCAGGAACCAACAGCGUAAAGUACAAUCUGCCAGCGUCAAGUAACAACCUGUAUACUUUUGGUUUUUCAAGUUGUUGUUGGAUACCUCUAGUUGAAGGCAGUUCCGACUGGAGGAUGCGGACUACAGCAAAUCUGACCAUAAGACAAGACACUGGAAAACUUAAUUCCUCUCCAGUCUCUGCAAUGCAGCCUGUAGUGAGAUUCAGUUAUGAAUGUGACUAUACUCUUAAAAUACCCGUAUGGUAG